AUGUUUAACAAGGAGGGGCUAGCUCUAGCUGACAAGAGCGUGGUUCUCUGCUCGGACCAUGCCACGGCGAAGUCUGUGGCCAAGCGUUUGAAGGCUCGUGGCAUCCUCAUCUCUCCUGUCUUGCAGACCUCCUACCUCGGUGUCGGCAAGAGCACAAGUGUGAGUGGUCGCCUCAGCCAGGGGAAGGUCGUCCUCGAUCUUGGCGUCGGCUACGCAGCUUGGGCCACUUACGGGGCCUGGGCGCGCCCGCCAUCACGGCGAGAGCGGAGGGAGCCGUGCUCCCUCGGUGGAGGCGUCCGCCGAUGCCGGUUGCCUGUGCCGAGCUCGCCCUGGGCCUCCGACGCCAUGGCGCAGGGCAGUUGCUUCACUCGAGCCCGAGGCCAAGAAGACUGCACAUUGCUCUGGUCUCCUGCUGUGGGCACCUUCGUGGCUUAG